AGCAUUACCAUACGGGAAAGGAUAUAAGCAUAACUAUAUUUAACUUUUGCACGGAAAAACAGUGGUCCUUUUAACCCAAAUCUCUAGUGUCUUGGUUAACCUGCUGCCAGCCUGCUCCUUAACACAGCUCUUAAGCACUGGGUCAAACCAUUUGUAUUAUAGUUGAGUGGAAUAAUUAUUUCCAGUGUAGUGAUUCCCUCCAGUUUCAAAAAAAAAAAACAAACCCAAACCAAAAAACCCAAUGGAUCCGUGAGGGUAAAUACCCAGAAUGAAGGCAACGUAAGGUAUAAAUGCUUUAAAUCUGACUACAUUUUAAAAUUCCAACUGAACGUGAUGCUUGGAAAGUUUUCUGCUUUGCUGGGUAAUUACUUUUAAAGGGCCCACUGUUUAAGUGAGAUUGUUUAAAUCCAUAACAGGAAUUUUUUUAACUCUGCUGCUGUUUUGAUCUUUUUUUCUGAGCCAAGUUUUAAACAUUUGUUUGGGUAAUGAUUCAUUUGUGUUUGUAAAUGCAUUGUUUUCUCUCAGUUAAAAUGUAGUGGCCAUUUCAAGUUCUUCCUACGUGGUUCUAUGAACCCUAACCUCUGAGUGGCACAUUUAAAGUGCUAACAUUUCAUUAUGCCUGCAUGUGGCUAUACAACUUUACUUGUUUUCUUAUUUGUAGCUGGCUCUUUUAAAGUAGUAAAGUCUACUGCUACUACAGACUUUGUUCUGAGAGUUCACUGUGGCCUGACCUAGCAGCAUUUCAACCAGUAAAUUGUAAAAAGAAAAGUGGCAGUAGCAGUGAAUACAGUUUAACUAGUCACUGUUGCAUUAAGUAAUUAAGAAGUACCAGUACCAUUGCCAGCCAAUGCACCUAUGUCCCAGACCUUCCCAGCUGCUUGCUGACCUUCUGCUUCUGUUUUCUUUCCGUACUGAGCUGCUGUUCCCUUUUUUUUCCUGUUCUAUCUCCAGUUAUACCUUUUACUCUCAAGUUCUCAUAAUUGCCAGAUUAUCUUCUAUUUUAGUUUCCUUCUUUUCACUGUUGAACUUUUGUUACUGAUCUUUUGGCUCCAUUGACUUGAGAAAGAGCAGUGUUCACCAGGAAAUUCAAUUUUGUAUGAAUGGUGCGCUCCCACUUCUCCUGCUAGAUGUAUAAUCUGACACUCCCAAAGGUUUUAGAGGAAGCACCACAUGUUUCAUGGGCAUCUCUUGCCAGCCUUGUGCUAAACUAGAGAAGUUUCUUCUUUUCUGUUUUUCUUUCUACUGUCCUACUCCUAUUUGGUUUUGGCUUGUUUUUUUUUAAAUGUGGUUUAUUGGGAAAAAUGGACAGAGAAUUAUUGCUGGAGGCACCAAACUUAAAACCUUUUACUCAAGAAAUUCAGUUGGCUUUAAGAAACUAAGCUGUAUGAAAUGAAAAUAGUGAUCAAAAAUAUUUCCUGGUGUAAAGGUGGCACAGCAGAGUGAAGAAGCUGGACCAGAGAGUCUUGCAACAAAAUUUUGGAUGGACAAGAUAAAAUAGGAUAGAUCAGUGAAUAGCAAGGGGUGCCAUGAAACAUGAAUUUAUUAACAACUGCUGAGCUUGCUGGAAGUAAGGAAAGACUAGACAUUUUAAAUGGUAUUAUCUAUUAAUUAAAGCUGCUUUUGGACAGACACUCUGGUGUAAAGAAUAAUGCCAGAAGUUACACCUCAUCAAACCGAAAGACCCCGAGGUACUCAAAUGCUGUUUGCAGGUGUUAUCUGUCUAGGAAGGUUUCUGUGACCUAGCUAUGCUGAAGCCUAUGGGCAGUGUGAUACCUGAAUGCCUUCGGAAACAGGUACUAUCACAGAGAUCUCUGCCCUGUAGUGACUGAGGUGGAAAAUAGUGGGGGGCGGGGAAGAGCUCAGUGUAGAGAGCGUUUGGAUAACUGUUGCAGAAGUGAAUACAUUUAAUAUGGUAUGUGAGUUUAUUGCAGUGUAGGCAAGGGUUUGGAUUCUUGGAUAAGUUCCUGCUUAAGUGUUUUAGUACGUUUCAGGAUGAGCUAGCUAUACUUGUAAUCUGCCACUUCUCCUUUUGGCUCUGCAUGGUUACAGCACCUCAUUUCCUCUUUGUAUCACAUCUCGCAGGACCAGCUGAGUUUAGCUUCUGCUGGAGAAUCCUUUCCAGGAUCUGUGAUUGACUGCCAACAGUGACAGAGAGAAGCUUGUAUAAAACACAGUGUUUGUUGGACAGACACUGACAAAACCUUCUGUGUAGGCCUGGAUCAUGAGUAGGGUAGGAUGGGGACAGAACAAGACAGGUGUAGCUAGCUUCAAAGGGGACACUCCUUCACUCCUAUGAUGUUUGCUAGGCAUCUGUGAAGGAGUGAGCCAUAACAGCAGCUUUCUGAGGCUUUUCCUGUACUCAUCUUUUUCUGUCUAGGUAUUUUAUUCUUCAUACAUCUUUCUAGGUGAAUAUAUAUCUCAGUUAUCCUUCUUGAACCUGACAUUCAGCCUGCAUUUCUGCCUAUCUCUCUGGCUUUUACCACGACCAGCAUUUCUUCUUUUCCUGGUCCAGCGUGAAUGUUCUCUACAGGGAGGAGGAGUGAAGAUGCCUUCUAGCAAUGGAUUGCCUGUGUCAUUAAUAUGAGUGCUGUUUGAGGUACACACAUUGUUCUUGACUUUUGACUGGAUUUCUUCAACAGAGUUUCAACAAGGAAGCACAGAGCUAAAAAAAAAUAUAAACAGAUGCAAUUUUUAACUAAAACCACAACCCAUCCACACUUACAUGUAUGUUUCUACAUAAAUAACACAAUUAUCUCCCCUGUUUUUUCUAUAAAGGAUGAAGUAGGAAAAGUAGUUGGAAAAAGUAUUUGUGUAUGGUCUUGGCUAUUUAGGAUCACUACUCCGCUGUGACUAUUUGGAAAUGUAGCAGGGAAUGUUGUGUUCCCUGUAAGGGUGAAAGUGCUAAGUGCAGCCUGUAUGAUGAAUAAAUGAGCACUGACCAAAGGACAAUGUGGGUCUGUGUAAAGCAAUUUGGUGGUGGUGUGCUCCUGUGAGAGCACAUGGUAGGGCUUUAGAGUAUUCAAAGUAGCUAAUCGGGCACCGGGAAUGUGGAUAUUAAAGUCCAACUGUAGCAAGGCUAUUUCUUGAUCAGACAAGAAGGGAAUGGUAAACCACAGAAGCUAUAUGGCCUUUUGGCUUGUGUACUUGUAAUUUGCCCUUCUGAUUAUUUUGUUUGCUUUGGAAGGUGAAGUAUGGUGGGGCUGCUGAGAUCAUGUUUUGCACUUUGAACACUCAUAAAGCUGAUAUGGACAAGCUCUUAGGUGCACAAAUUGGCCUUGAAGAUUUCAUAUUUGCCCACAUAAAAGGACAACGAAAAGAAGUGGAAAUUCUUAAAACUGAUGAUGUGCUUGGGCUUACCAUUACAGACAAUGGAACUGGCUGUGCAUUUAUAAAGCGAAUCAAAGAAGGUAGCCUUAUGGACCAAACCAAAAUGAUCUGCGUGGGUGAUCACAUAGAGACUAUAAAUGGAAAAAAUGUGUCAGAUCGUAGGCAUUAUGAAGUUGCCAAAAUGCUAAAAGAUCUGGAGAAAGGUCAGAUGUUUAAGCUGGAGUUGAUAGAGCCUAUGAAAGCAUUUGAAAAACUGGAACCAAGGUCCAAAGGUGGAACUCUGCCAGAGGCUAAAAUCUCCAGAGGGAGAGAGACACUUCGGCUGAGAACCAAAGGCCCUGCUACUGUGGAGGAGAUGCCAACUGAAGUUGAAGAAAAAGCAAUUAAAAAAGUGGAUGAGCUUCUUGAAACAUACAUGGGGAUAAGAGAUAUUGAAUUAGCUGCAACAAUGGUGGAAGCUGGAAGAGACAAGAAAAACCCAGAUGAAUUUGCAGUGGCAUUGGAUGAAACUCUUGGGGACUUUGCAUUUCCAGAUGAGUUUGUCUUUGAUGUAUGGGGAGCAAUAGGUGAUGCUAAGCAAGGACGACUGGAAUGAGAACUGUGCAGUUUAUCAAUCCCUAUUUGAAAAUACAAAAUGAUUUUCAAAUACGUAUAUCAGAAUUUUAAUACUUUUAUUGAUAUGAAUCCAGGGCACUCUGUAUAAGUAUUCUUACUGCAGACUUUCUUUUGCAAAGGAAGGUUUCUAAUAGAAAUAUGAAGAAAAACCCAAAGUUCUGACAACUGCACAUUUAAAACAAACAUUUAAUUUACAUGUGGAAGUCACUGUGAGGAGUGUGUCAAGGAGAUGUAUUUAUACAGAUAUUUUAUGAAAAUUAGGUAUUUUUUAUUGUACAUACACUUUGAUAUCAAUAUUCUGAAGAGUGUUAGACAUAUGCAAUAAAGAGUUUGGAUUAUUUUAUCUCUUCUUUAGAAAGGUUUAUAAACUUGUUAAAAAACUACCUAGCUACAUGCUGCAGUUGCCUGGACUUCUGUUGUCCUUAUGUAUUCACAUACACAAAGAGCUGUGGAAAACCUAAAGCCUUAGGUUUUCUUACAGUUUGGCCUGAACGUAGUCUUUUCGGUAGACAGAGCUGGGAAGAAGGUACCAUGUUUCUGAAGAACCUGAGUUCAGGAAAAAAAGUACUCCUCUGAAACAUGAGAACUAAGAUCUUCAAAUGAAAAAGACUUGCUUUCAUUUGAGUCGUAAUACACACUGUGGGUAUUUCUGAGAUGAGUAAGUGUAGUAGAAAUGCUUAAACCACGAAGCUGCAGCUUUAUUCAGGUGCCAUAUUAUUGCAAUAGGAACUGCACAGGAAGAAACAAAUAUUAAUUUUGAUUACUGUUCAUAUAUUCAAAUAAUAUCUGUGACCCGGCACUGGAGAGUAUAGUUUAUGACUAAGUGCUUAAAUGAUUUUUGCAUAUGCUAAAUGAUCUGCUGAGAUCCUAUGGAGUUCCCCUUGUCUUUUUUUUUUUUUUUUCUCAACAUGGCAACAUAGGAGAGACAUUGAAGGUGUUCAAACCUGGAAGAUAUUAUUGUAAAGUCACAAACAAUUGCAGUUUGGAUGAAAAUGCAUGCCUAAACACUGAAAAAUACAUUAAACUAAUUUUAGAUGUUAGGAUUUCUAAUUAUAUUGUACAUAAACAUUUAUUUUAACUGAUAAUAUUUUACUAACAAAUCUCAGAUUAUUAAAAAUUAACCGUCUCUUUCACUACAUCUGCUAUGCCUGCAUUUAUCUUCCUGUUUGCUCUGUAUUUAAUGAAGAGUAAUGCAAUAAGUUUUGUUUUUACUCAUAACUAGACUCUUUAUCAGUUUUACUGUGCUUGGUUUUAAUCGAGACAGAUACUUGCUCAUUUGUUUAGAAAAAGCUACUUUCAAGUGAUUUUUAUAGCCAAAUAACACGUCAUAAGUGUCCUUGAAAAUGAAAUUGAACAAGAAUGUGGGGCCUGACCUGGGAAGGUGUCACAGCUUUUUAGUAUUUUUAUAUUUGCAUAUGCAUAUAAAAUAGUAGGUACUGCAAAAGUUGUUCCUAAAUCACUACCUAGUUACUUUUCUUCAGAUGAAAAUGUCUUUCACUGUCUUGCAGAGAUGUCUUUAAAAUAAUGACUAUGCCAAUAAGUUUACACAUUCUAUGUCAAUGAUUUUUUUUGUCUAAAACCAUGACGCUUUGAAGUAUCAUUGAGAGAACAGGUCCUCAUUCUCUUUACUAUGUUAUUUAGGAAGGCUCCUAAACUCCACUUCAGUCUUUUGCAUGUUACAAUAAGUGAAUAUUUUUCCUACUUAUGAAAUAUUGCAUGAAGUCUUAUAAAUACUGUUCAGUGGUCUUUCAAUGGGGAUAAUUUCCAAUUUUAUAAAUGCUGUUGUGAAUAUUUUGCUCUUAUAUCUCUGAUUUAAGGACAAGCUUUCACAUAAUAUAGGUAUUCCUUCUUAUGAAAUAAGUAGUACAGAGCGGUAUGGAGGUUAUACAUUUUAUUGUAUUUAAGAAGUUCAAAGGUGUCAAAAUUUCUCUUAAUUGUACUAGUGCCUCAUAUCACCAGUGUGGCAUGAAAUCUAUAUGUAUCUUCAAACAGGUGUGAUCAUUAUCAAUUUAUCUACAUAGAAAUAUAUAUAGAUACAAAAAUUUAGGUUAUUCUCAAGUUAUGAGAAGUAAAAAUAUAUAAUUUUACAAGAAAAUCUGAAUUUUAGUAAAACUUGAGAAUAAAAUGAAAGAAACUUUGUAAGGAGGUGGUUAAAUUUUAUACAUCCCAUUGCUCAACUGGGGCCAUGAGGAUGUAUUAUUUUGAGAAAGGAGUGUAAUUUUAGGACAGAGAGCACAAGGUGGAUAGUGUUUCUCUGUAUUUAAUAAUUGCAAGUCUGAGCCCGCAAUCUUCUGUUGCAGUUGAGCACACUGUCCGUCUUGCACAGGGCUACUUUAACUAAUGUACUCUUGGUAAUGAAGAGUUAAAGUAUUGUGGGCCAUAUAAUUUAUUCUUUAAAUUUCUUUUAGGUGAAAAGGAAAAAUGAAAUGUCAAGAAUUCCCUGUCGGGUUUACAUUGUUUUAUAUAAAACUUAAAUGUCAAGUUUUGUGGAAGUGUUUAUGUACACUAAUGUUAGUAAUCAACAAGCCACUGAUUAUAAAAUCAAUUGAAGUUAAGAAUUCCUUCUUAAACAGCAAAAAAAAAAAAAGUACAAUGGAAGAGUCCUAUUGUAAAAUAUUACAUGAAAUGUUACCUGUAGCAGAUGAUCCCUCAUGUGUUUUGUCUGUUCAUUUUAUUUUGAGAAAUUAAUGUUGUUCAAUCAAUUUAUCCUCAGAGGAUAAUUUGUCUCAUUACACUGAUAAAAUAGUGAGAUAAAAAUAAUCUCUGAAGCUAAUUCUGCAUAGAGCUGUCUCUUGUCAUAGUGGCCUAUCUUUGUGGAGUUUAUUUCAGAACUAAGAUUUAAAUAGUGUUUGCAAUUUUACUAGCAUUUACUGCAAUAAAGUAUGUUGAUAUAUCUUAAUAA